AUGGCGCCAAAGCAUGAACGUACAAAGUCAUCCGAUGACAUGCUCAGGCAUCCUUCUCCCAAAAAAGCCAAGGAAAUAGAUCAACACACUCCGUAUGAGGCGUUGUUAGACCACAUGGACAAGCAGAAUGCUGAUCAAGAACCCCGAACCAUCCUCCAUUGGUUCCGAAGCAAGGAACUCCGGGCAGAGGAUAACCGCGCCCUCAUGGCGGCAUCACGCAAAUCAAAGGAGGCCAGCGCCCCUCUAGUGACUUGCUUCUUGUUCUCGCCCAAGGAUAUGGAAUGGCACGGAACGUCGCCAGUCCGGGUAGACUUCACGCUCGAGACACUGCGACUUCUACAGAGCCAGCUCAAAGAGAUGAACAUACCUCUCGCAAUACUAACGGCCGAGAGCCGCGGUGACAAAGGGCCCGUCAUGCUUAAUUUUUUGAAAAAGCAUAAUAUCAGCCACAUGUUCGCUAAUCUCGAGUACGAAGUCGACGAAAUGCGUCGGGAUAUCAGCCUGUUCGAGCGCCUUGAGAGUGACGGGAUGGACACUGCAUUUCAUCUCUUCCAUGAUCAGAGCGUAGUGGAGCCCGGGACCAUGAAAGGGGGCGCAGGCACUCCCCAAAAGGUGUUCACGCCGUACUACAAGCAUUGGCUGGACAAGGUCGCAAAGGAGCCAGAACUUCUCGACACCGAAGGCCUACCCGAAGCAAAUGACAAGGAGGUCACUACCAAGUUCAAGGAUCUGUUUGACUCAAGCAUACCCUCUCUCCCCAAGUCGAAGCCCUUUGCAUCAGAAGAGGAGCGAAAGCGACUUCGGAAGCUGUGGCCCGCCGGCCAUGCCGCCGCCAAGAAGAGGCUCGACGACUUCCUCAAGAACAAGGCCAGCACCUACAAGACAAACCGCUCCACGCCGGCGGCCGACAACUCGAGCCGCCUGUCGCCUUACUUCUCUGCCGGCGUGCUCUCGGUGCGCGAGGCCCUCUCGGCCGCCAGCGAGGCCGACGGCAGGGCGCCGGGCACCUUUGACGGCGACGCGGGCAUCGCGAGCUGGGUGCGCGAGAUCGUCUUCCGCGAGUUCUACCGGCAGCGGCUCGUCGGCACGCCGCAUGACUCGAUGAACCUGCCGCACAACCUCAAGUUCGACUACGUGCGGUGGGAGGACGACGGGGAAGGCUGGCGCAGGUGGUGCGAGGGCGCGACGGGCGUGCCCUUUGUCGACGCGGGCAUGCGCCAGCUGCGGCACGAGGGCUGGAUGCACAACCGGCUGCGCAUGAACACGGCGUCGUACCUGCGCACGAACCUGCUCAUCGACUACCGCAGGGGCGAGCGCUUCUUCGCCGAGACGCUCGUCGACUGGGACCUGAGCAACAACCACCAGGGCUGGGAGCCGAGCUACACCGUGUUCAACCCGGUGGUGCAGGCCGAGAAGUGCGAUCCCGACGGCGACUAUAUCCGGAAGUGGGUGCCGGAGCUGAAGGAUGUGGAGGGUAAGGCUGUCUUCGAUCCGUAUCAUCGGCUCGACAAGAAGGAGUUUGAGAAGCUGGGCUAUCCCAAGCCGCACGUCGACUUCAAAGAGAGCAGGCAGCGGUGUAUAGAAAGGUACAAGCAGGACAUGGCCGAGGCGGAUAUUUGA